GUAGAUGCUUGAGGGGAGGAAGAAAGUAGCACUAGUCGUACGUGUGCAUCUAUCGAGCUGUUAGCUUUCGGCCACUGAGCUAACGCUACGUCUCGUCAGAGUCGCAAAUAUGGUGCUACUUGAAAACGACUCGUUCCUCACAGAACUCACACGUUUGUUCCAGAAGUGCAGAUCCUCCGGUAGCGUUGUCAUCACUUUGAAAAAAUAUGACGGGAGGACCAAGCCAGUGCCCAGGAAAGGCCACUCGGAGUCCUUUGAGCCUGCAGACAAUAAAUGUCUUCUCAGAGCUUCGGAUGGCAAGAAGAAAAUAAGCACAGUGGUGAGCACCAAAGAAGUAAUCAAGUUUCAGAUGGCGUACUCCAACCUGCUGCGGGCGCACAUCGACGGAUUGAAAAAGAAAGACAAGAAGAGCAAAAGCAAGAAGACCAAAGCUACCCAGUGAGCAGCAAGCUCAAAGGCCCAGGAACUGAUCCCGUUCGAAUCUGACACGAUGGAAGCGGGUCCCACCACAGUCAGUCUCCCCUCACAAUGCGUGCUCGUCCACCCAGUGACCACUUUUAUUUUGUGUCGUCGACGACUGUUUUCGUGCCAUCUGGGAGGAUUUCUUGGAAUGCACAAAUCGAACUUUGGAGAAGAGCAACACCGUUGGAUGUCUUUUUUUUAUUUUGGUCAAGUGG